CACGCACGCACGCACGCACGCCAACGGCCGGCGGGGCCCCAGGCUCGCGCCCGGGCUCGCCCCGCGCAGCGCCAGAGGCUCGCGCACUCAGCAGGUUGGGCUGCGGCGGCGGCGGCAGCUGGAGAAGCUGAGGCGCUGCGCGUGAGAGGUCCCAGAUACAUCUGCGGUUCCGGCUCCGCCACCCUCCGCCUCUCUCCCCCAGGUGUCGGAGUCGAGUGCGGAAGGAGGGUACUGCCCUAGCCUAGGGAAGCCAGAGCACACCCCUGGCUCCUGCCGACACCGCCCUCCCCUUCCCAGCCGCGGGCCUCGCUCGGUGGUAGGCUACUCUGCCGGGAGGCGGCGGCGGCUGCCAGUCUGUGGAGAGUCCUGCAGCCCUCCAGCCGGGCUUCUCCACCGGGCCUUGCAGGGGCCGAGAGAGCUCGGGGCUCGCCCUUCCGCUUGCCUUUUUCGUCAGCCGGCUGGAGCAGCAUCGGUCCGGGAGGUCUCUGGGCUGAGGCGGCGGCAGCUCCUCUAGUUCCACCAUGUCCGCGGGCGGAGACUUCGGGAAUCCGCUGAGGAAAUUCAAGCUAGUGUUCCUGGGGGAGCAAAGCGUUGGAAAGACAUCUUUGAUCACCAGAUUCAUGUAUGACAGUUUUGACAACACCUAUCAGGCAACAAUUGGCAUUGACUUUUUAUCAAAAACCAUGUACUUGGAGGAUCGAACAAUCAGGCUUCAGCUGUGGGAUACUGCGGGUCAGGAACGUUUCCGUAGCCUCAUUCCCAGUUACAUCCGUGAUUCUGCUGCAGCUGUAGUAGUUUACGAUAUCACAAAUGUUAACUCAUUCCAGCAAACUACAAAGUGGAUUGAUGAUGUCAGAACAGAAAGAGGAAGUGAUGUUAUCAUCAUGCUAGUAGGAAAUAAAACAGAUCUUGCUGACAAGAGGCAAGUGUCAAUUGAGGAGGGAGAGAGGAAAGCCAAAGAGCUGAAUGUUAUGUUUAUUGAAACUAGUGCAAAAGCUGGAUACAAUGUAAAGCAGCUCUUUCGACGUGUAGCAGCAGCUUUGCCGGGAAUGGAAAGCACACAGGACAGAAGCAGAGAAGACAUGAUUGACAUAAAACUGGAAAAGCCUCAGGAGCAACCAGUCAGCGAAGGAGGCUGUUCCUGCUAAUCUCUCAUGUCAUCUUCAACCCUUCUUCAGAAGCUCACUGCUUUGGCCCCCUUACUCUUUCAUUGACUGCAGUGUGAAUAUUGGCUUGAACCUUUUCCCUUCAGUAAUAACGUAUUGCAAUUCAUCAUUGCUGCCUGUCUCGUGGAGAUGAUCUAUUAGCUUCAUAAGCACAAAAAAAGUCAGUGUCUUCAUUAUUUAUAUUUUACAAAAAGCCAAAAUAUUUCAGCAUAUUCCAGUGAUAACUUUAAAAAUUAGAUACAUUUUCUUAACAUUUUUUUCUUUUUUAAUGUUAUGAUAAUGUACUUCAAAAUGAUGGAAAUCUCAACAGUAUGAGUAUGGUUUGGUUAAUGAGCAGUGUGUUCACAGCCUACUUUAUCUCUCCUUGCUUUUCUCACCUCUCCCUUACCCCCAUUCCCUAUUUCCUAUUCUUACCUAGCCUCCCCCCACUUCCUCAAACAAGAGAUGGCAAAGCAGCAGUUCAACCAAGCCCAUUGGAAUUAUCCUUUAAUUUUACAGAUACCACUUGCUGUAGACUAUGGACCAAGAUGUCCAGAAUUUUUCUUGAGCACUGAUAUAAAUUACUUAGAUCUUCUUUGAGAUCAAAAUUCAGCCAUCAUGGUAGGCAGUGCUUGAAUGAGAAGGCUCCUGAUGCAUCUUCAAAAUGAGUCCUAAAGAACAUACUGAAUACUUAUAAUAAGUAGAAGAGCAAAAAAUGUAUUUCUGACUAACACAAAUGGCUCUUUCACAUGUGCUUUAUUAGACUCUGGGAGAGAAAAGUAACCAAGUGCUUCAGAACAGGUUUUUAGUAUUCUUCAUGGUAAGAUAAUGAAGUUCUAAUGAACUAUUUCUCCCAAGGUUUUAAAAUUGUCAAGAGUUAUUCUGUUUGUUUAAAAAAUAAGAAACCUCUUUAAGCAACAGAUUUUGCUUGAGUUUUCUUUUUUUAAAAAAUAAUACUAUGCAGGCAAGGCACUAUAAAAGUUUAAUUCCUUCUAGAAGAACCACUGGAAGAAUUUAAAUUUGGCACUACAAUCAAAACUACUGAAUUAGUAGAAACAACGAUAUCUAAAGCUUACCAACAAAAGAACCCUCAGCAGAAUAGCAAAAACUUUGCUCAGAACAUUUGAGGUCAAAUUGAAGACGGAAACCGGAAACUGUUUUCUUGUAAGCCCCUAGAGGCAGAUCAGGUAAAGCAUACAUAGUAGAGAGAAAGGAGAGAAUGGAAAUAAAACUCAAUAUUAUGCAGAUUUAUGCCUUAUUUUUUAGCAUUUUUUAAGGUUGGGUCUUUCAGGCUGGUUUUGGUUUGUAUUAGAUCUGUAUAGUUUAAUUAACUAGUGAUUUAAUUUUAUAUUUAAACUACAAUUAAUCUUUUUUCUUUGGUGAUAUUUAUUUCUUUGCCUUUUUUUUUCUUUAACAACUUUCAAUUUUUAGAUGUUUCAUUGAAUCUAUUUAGAGCUUCACCAUGGCAAUAUGUAUUUCCCUUAAAACACUGCAAACAAAUAUACUAGGAGUGUGCCCUUUUAAUCUUUACUAGUUAUUGUGAGAUUGCUGUGUAAGCUAAUAAACACAUUUGUAAAUACAUUGUUUGCAGGAAGAAAACUUCUGAGUUACAGCUCAGGAAAAACCUGCUGAAUUUAUGUUGUAAGCAUUACUUAACACAGUAUAAAGAUGAAAAGACAAUAAAACUAUCUUCAUACUUCCUCAUCCUCUCAUUGCAACAAAACCUUAAACUGGGAGAACCUUAGUCCCCUCUCUUUCCUCUUCCUCCUCCACUUCCCACUUAUUGUCACCUUGUAAUAUUCAGAGAGCACUUGGAUUAUGGAUCUGAAUAGAGAAAUGCUUACAAAUAAUCAUUAGCCCACAUACCAGUAACUUAUACUUAAAAGAUGGGAUGGAGUUGUAAAGUGCUUUUAUAAUACAAUAUAAUUGUUAAAAGCAAGGGUUGACUCUUCGUUUUAUUUUGACAUGGCAUGUCCUGAAAUAAAUAUUGAUUCAAUAUGGCAGAUGGGUCAUAUUCUUUAUUUGGAAGAAGCUGUGACUUCUGACAUGGGGGUGAUUGUCUUCCUACACUGUUGGAUUUGAUUCUUUUUAUGUAUUUUUAAGUAACCAGUUAUACUGCUUUUAAUAUUGAUUGGUCUUUUUAUUUGGCUUGGAGUUCUUCAAAGCAGUGAGGUGUGUUCAUAGUCCAGAAUUUUUUUUUUUAAUAAACACAAUUUUGCUGCCAAAAAUAUAUAAAUAAAACACAAAAGAAAA